CUGUCUAUACUAUAUCACCUCGUCCACAUAGUCUCUUUAAUAUAUUAACUAUAGAAACAAUAUACAUCCUAACCUGAUCUGAUUGUGAUUUGUAGCCGUAGCCGGAGUAGCUAGACUGGAUAGUCCGAUGUAUGUAUCCGCUUGGACCUCGUCUGUAUCACAAUGCUUGAGGCUUUUUCGAGCUAGUAUGCAUAUAAAUCGUGUGGUGUGUGAUACUCGCGGCUUCUUGAUCCUGACUAUGGGGUGUUGCCUGCUUCUUUGCCUCCCUGCUCAUUAGUGCUGACGCAGGGAGGGAAUUCUGCAAUGAUAUGGCACAGGCUUUAUCGGCUAGGUACCAACACCAAGAGAGCAAGCAUUCAGAUAUCGUUUUGGAAUUCUAUUCGCCUCUGCAUUCUCUUGCCCCGUCACAAGGACAAAGUCAUGCCUUCUAAGAUUUUCAAUCCUUCUCCAGAUUCUCCCAAACAUUAGGGAAAAAUUCCCAGACUAUUACAGUCAGAAGUUUCAUGUCAAAGGCGGACGAAGAAAUCCCAUACCCACAUUAUACAUUGGCCAGUUCAUGAUGGCUAGUCGUCCGAAAUCCAAAGAGUAUGCUGCCGUCGAUGAUGAGGAGACAGCAUGUCUAUCCGAGUCAGAAAGCGCCGAGAAUCUCCUCGGUAACAAUCAGAGACGUAUCAAACGUCCAUCAACUUGGAUUCCCCAAGUACGCUUGAAUGCUGCGGGCUCCAUAUUGGGAGCUGCGUGUCUAAUUGUGACGAUUCUGGUCACUAUUCAAUGUACCAUUUGGUACGAACGGAGAGGCAGCAAUGCUCCAAGAUUCCGCCCGGCAUUCUCACCGUUGUACGACAUGGUGAAAAUUCCAUUCGUGACAGCAUAUAGCGACCAUUCUCCAGCUCCAAAUGCCUCGGAUCCAAAGCAAAUCUACCGGCUAGACCCUAGCCCCGAAGUGGACGCAGCCUGGAGCCGUAUCGCUACAGCAGAUGGAGUAUAUCCUAUGUCGGCGUCGGACGUAGUGCGCGCAGGCAAGGACCCCAAGCUAGCCGUCGACGCACCAGAAUCGUGGAGUUUUCCAGAGGGUAAGAGCAAGAUGAUGGGUAUCGAGGCUUUCCAUCUACUUCACUGCCUGAAUGCGUUGCGCAAGAGCCUCGUUACCACUUAUGACUACUACUGGGGAGCGAAGUACGGAUUCGAGCCUCCUGCUAUCUUCGAGCGCCACCUUAACCACUGCGUUGAUAUGCUGCGGCAGCACUUGAUGUGUCAUGCUGAUCUGGAGCCUUUUACCUUCAACUGGCGCGUUGGUCAGGCUAAGCCGUACGCCGAUUUCAACAUUCGGAAGACUUGUGUAGACUUCGACUACUUGCUCGAGUGGUCCGAGAAACACAAGGACCCCCGGCAUGAGCAGUUGUGGGGAGAAUUAGAAAAGCCAGCCGACGCGUUGCAGAAAGAAGCCCCUGCCGAUUUGCCACAAAUCACCGAAAACACGGUAUGGAGCAAGAGCGGGAGGAUUCCACUAGCUAAUCUGACUGGCUUGGAGGGUAAAGAGUACUGUCUCGGUACCAAGUCAUAA